AUGUCUCUGAACGAAGUGUGGAAAGUGAAUGGGAGCGGGCGUUCGGUCGGCGAAAGGUGGGACACCUGCUGGAAGACUCUCAACCAGGAGCCCUUGGUCAGGAUGUUCAAGGAUAAGACGUCCAAAAAUUGCAAGUCGCGCUACGACAAGAUCGUUGACGACCAGAGCAAGAGCGAUGGUAAAGCCCUGCGGGACUCCGGAGCCGGCACUGCUGAGAGUGGCUCGGAGGACGAAGUAGAGAAGAAUACCAAGGUCCAGCUGGUGAGGGGUCUAGAGCCAGACAAAGUUCUGACCGCGAUAGUGGACGCGAAGGCUGCCGCGAGGCAGGACUCCGAGGAGACCAAGCAGAAGAAAGCCGACGAGGCGGCCUCACACUCCGCAAUGGGGAUGUGGGCCAUCAACCAGAGCAACGCCCGAUGCGGGCCGGGCGCGAAGGCUACAUCAUUCGAAGAAGCUNAUUUUGGACGCGAAGGCUCGAGGCAGGACUCAGAGGGGACCAAGCAGAAGAAAGCCGACGAGGCGGCCUCGCACUCCGCGAUGGGGAUGUGUGCCAUCAACCAGGGCAACGCCCGAUGCGGGCCGGGCGCGAAGGCUACAUCAUUCGAAGAAGCUGUUGCCGCCGACAACAUCGCGUUGGGUUCCCGCUCCGGUGCAGCGGCCGGUGGCGGUGCCAGCGGUCGGGUGAGUCCGACUCGCGUCGGAGGCUUCGGCGGGUGGCGCUGCCAGCGGUCGAUCGAGCCCGACCAUGAGUACGGGCGGGCUAGACGACGACUUAUCGCCCGCGGGGAGCGGGCCAUCGAGGAAGGUUCCACCGCUUAG